GAGGAGACAGUACCAGCCAUGCUCCCCGCCCAGGAAGCCGCCAAGAUCUACCACACCAACUACGUGCGUAACGCCCGCGCCGUGGGCGUGCUGUGGAUCGUGUUCACCAUCACAUUCGCGGUCAUCACAGUGGUGAUUUUCAUCCAGCCCUACUGGAUAGGCGACAGCGUCAACACCCCCCAGGCCGGCUACUUCGGCCUCUUCCACUACUGCAUUGGCAACGCCCUCACCAAUGAGCUCAUCUGCAAAGGAAGUGCCCUGGACUUCGGUUCCAUCCCGUCCGGGGCCUUCAAGACGGCCAUGUUCUUCGUGGGGAUCUCCAUGCUGCUGGUGGUCGGCAGCAUCGUCUGCUUCAGUCUCUUCUUCUUCUUCAACGCCGGCAGCGUUUACAAGAUCUGCGCCUGGAUGCAGCUGGCCUCUUCCACCUGCAUGGUGAUUGGCUGCAUGAUCUACCCAGACGGAUGGGACUCUGAGCAGGUGAAGCGCAUGUGCGGCCAGCGCACGGACAAGUACACUCUGGGCAACUGCACUGUGCGCUGGGCCUACAUCCUGGCCAUCAUCAGCAUCAUGGACUCCCUCAUCCUCUCCUUCCUGGCCUUCAGCCUGGGAAACCGGCAGGACAAGCUACUGCCCGAGGACUUCAAGGUGGAGGGCAAAGACGACGCGUAA